AUGCGUCAUGAUUCAGUAUUACAUGAUCGUUAUCUUAAACUUUAUGCAAAUGCCAAUCAAAGUCCACGUGCUAAAACUUGUCCUCGUUGUUCCCAUCUUUAUUCACUUGAUGAAAUAAAUCCAAUAAUUUUAACAAAAACUGAUAAAAAAUCGAAAGAUAAAAUUAAUACUAAAAAAAUUCCAAAACAAGUUCAAUGUUCCGAAUGUUUCCUUGUUUGGUGUUUUCGUUGUUCAGCACCGUGGCAUGAAAAUUUUACAUGUAAACAAUUUAUAAAAGGUGAUAAACUUCUAUUAAAAUGGGUUAAUCAAGAAAAUGAUGAACAACGGAAUGCCCGAAAAUGCCCAAAAUGUUCGACAUUUAUACAACGUAAUGGAGGUUGUCCUCAUAUGACAUGUUCAUCAUGUGCAUGUGAAUUUUGUUAUUUAUGUGGGCGACGUUAUUGUAAAAUUCCAUUUAUUGGUCAACAUGGUAGUAAAUUCAGUGUAUUUGGAUGUCCCAAGAAUCUUCAUCCAGACAAACCAUGGCUUCGAAGAACUAUACGUGGUACGAUUGCAACUGGUGUUGUUAUUGCUUCACCGAUCGUUGCUGUUGGUGCUGUAACAGCAGCUGUAACUAUUUUACCAACAGUUGGAAUUUAUAGACUUGUUAAACGAGCACGUGCUCGUCGUCGUGCGAAUCAAUUGAUUGUAAGUGCUUUAGUACGAGGUUAUAGUACAGAGGAAGAAGACACCGGACAUGCUCAUUUUGAUCCUCAUUUGGAUAUGAACGCGGAAGUCGCACGUUAUCGUGCAGAACUUGAAGAGGAAUUGCCCACGCAUGAUGAUUUCGAUCCUGAGUUGGAUGGGAUUGCAGAAAUGGCACAUUAUCGUGCAUUACUUGAAGAACGAGUGGCUAAUUAUGCUAACGAAAUAUUUCCAUUAGCAAUAUUUGCUGAUAUGGAUGUUGUAGGUUUAGUAUUAGACAAUGCAUAA